CAAAAAUAAUAAUUCAUUUAUAAUGAUUUUAUAAUAAAAAGAAGAAUUUUUCUUGAGAUUCCAUCAAAUGGUUUGAAUUCCUCCGGCAAAUCUCACAUCUUCCCCUUCCAUCCAUCCGCUCGCCGCGCUUCAAUCGGAAGCUCGUUCCGUUCCUUCAACCUCGGCGCCGACGGGGGGCGAAUCCAGGAAAAAUCGCCGCCAUGCAACUUCCAUUCGACGGCGGGAGGUCCGCCAGGGCGGCGGAGAAGCCGAAUUUCGCGCAGACUUGCAAUCUCCUCAGCCAGUUUCUCAAAGGGAAAGGGAAUCUCAGAGAUCUAGGGCUGGAAAUUCGCGGCAAAUUGGAAGCUCCAGAUUCCAAACACAGGCUUAACGUUUCUCGGGAAAAACCAGACGUGGCCACUGCUGCACCCACUAUCGACUUCUUAGGGAACAUGGGAAAAUCAAAUCACUCACCACUGGAACAGGACUUGAAUUUCACCGGUUUGGUUCCUAAACAUACUGCCGUGGGCUCAUCUCCGGCAUUGGCGGAUGAAGCUUCAAAAGAAGCACCAAGAGAGGCCGCAGCCAAGACGGCCCCACUCACAAUUUUCUACUCCGGCAAAGUUAUGGUCUUCGAUGAUUUUCCGGCUGACCAAGCCGCGGCUGUACUGACUUUGGCACGCAAAGUGAGCUUUCAGAAUGCUACUUCUGGUGUUUUCCAGACAGUCACUGCAGAUGUCCAACCCACCUCUGUUAGUAACAGGACACCACAAGUCCUUUCUCGCCCUUCAGGGCCUAAUGUUUCAGAUCUUCCAAUUGCAAGGAGAUCGUCACUUCAUCGGUUCCUGGAGAAGAGGAAGGAUAGGUCCGUUGCUAGGGCGCCAUACCAGCUACUUCACAAUCCAUUGCCCUCAUCAUCAUCAUCUUCAUCCAAGGAUGAAGUCCUAGAUCUCAACUUCAAGUUGUAGUCUCUACGUGCAGCAAACAUGUGAGGCUUGAAUUGACGCGUAUUGUUCUCGCAAAGCCCUUUAACUAGUUCCGCGUUGGAAAUUCGAUACGUGGUAGCAUUUCUCAUAUCCCAUUCAAACUUUCCGUGAGUUGCGACAUUUUUGGGUCGUGACGAAGUUAUUUAUUGUAAAUAAUAAUAGCCGAUUGUAGGUGUGGCACCUUAUUUUUUUUCUUCCGGGGUACUAAAACAGUAAAACUUAUAUUAAUCCCAUCAUUUUAACACCAUUUUCAUCUUCAUCUGUAGGAAAGUGUAGUGUGAAAUAUGAUGUUAAUAUUGUUUAUCCAUAUUUUUUUUGUAACACCCCUUUCAUCCUGGUUUGCAUUAGUUUUAACUUUUAAAUGCUCCAUGGUUUUACUUUGAACUAAAGAAGUUAAAAAUUG